UUAGCGCAAAUGGCCGUUGCUCUUGAGGCGUGUCGUCGACUGCACCAACGUAAAGAGCUGAAUGAUCACCUAUUACCGGUUGGCAAAGAUACGAUCACACUGACAGCACUCGACGACGAUCCCGAUGAGUACGUGCCGGAUCUAAACUAUAAAGUGGGUUCGUCGAGACGAAAACAACUCUACGAUAAAAAGAUGACAAAAGCGUUGAACGGUGCACUUCCGGAAGUGAACGACACGUGUUUGAUAUACGUGAUGGAGAUGGAUUUGAAGAAGGCGGUUACGGGUGCCGCAAACCCGAAAAAGCGCAAAAUUGUCAAUCCAAUCGAUACGGAAUUUUGUUUCGGUUUCUUAUCAAAAAAACCGAUUCCCAAGGUACCAUCAUUCCCCGUAUUUCUGCGGCAAGGUCGUAUGGAGGCGAAUAUAUUUCUGGCCAGAUCGAAGCUGCAGAUCGAUGCGGAAAUGAUGGAGUUGUUGAAAGCAUUUCAUCAUUAUAUAUUCGACAAUGUUCUGAGAUUAGUCAAAGGAGGACUGGCGUUCGUUCCCGACAAAGCACCAGUCAGUGUACUCAUUGUACCGCUUCGGAGAGGUUAUUCUCUUAGUUUGUUUUUUACAUAUCUAGAAGCAAGGGAAAAGUUUGGUCGUGUGAAUAUGAAAAUUUUAAUGAAAAAUAAGAAUUGGACUUGUGGUAGAACUACCUUCUCAAUAGCUGUUCAGUUUUCUGUGGUAAUCAAAUCGAAUAGGUUAUGA